AUGAGCGACCCAACCAGCGCCUGGAUACGUCUUUACCAGCAAGGAGGAGCCCCACUUGUAUUAUGUACCGGCUUGAUCUCGUUCGCUGUUGGGAUCUUCGUCGGUCUUGCUGUUUGCAGCGAAGAGCCACCACCAGAGCCAAACAGUCUUAACUCAACUGUAGAGUGGGUCAAGUGUAAGCAGAGAGUUUCAGGGGUGCGACAGUCUGCAGACGCGCCCCCUCGACCGGACGGGGUUCCUAAAGGAGAACCGGACCACUUAGAGGGGUGGAGAAAGUUUGUCGAGAUUUCAGAGCAACGGUCUUCCAGGCUCUUCGGAUGA